UCAUUGUUAUUUUUUUUCUUCUUCUUCUUGUCUCUCUCUUUCUCCUUUAAGAAAGGAAAAUUUUCACCCCCAAGGACUAAUCUGAUCUGGUCUUCCUUCAUCAGGAACGAAUGCAGGAAUUUGGGAACUGAGCAGUGCAAGUGCUGAAGAAGGAGACUUGUUUGGAGGAAUCAGGAAAGAGAAAGAAAAGGAAGGAAAAAAUACAUAAUUUCAGGAACGAGAGAGAGAAGAAAAACGGGGACUAUGGGGAGAAAAAAGAUUCAGAUUACGAGGAUUAUGGAUGAACGUAACAGACAGGUGACAUUUACAAAAAGGAAAUUCGGGUUGAUGAAGAAGGCUUAUGAACUGAGCGUGCUGUGCGACUGUGAGAUUGCCCUGAUCAUCUUCAACAGCACCAACAAGCUGUUCCAGUAUGCCAGCACCGACAUGGACAAGGUGCUACUGAAGUACACGGAGUACAAUGAGCCGCAUGAGAGCAGGACAAAUUCAGACAUAGUAGAGACUUUGAGAAAGAAGGGCCUUAAUGGGUGUGACAGCCCAGAUCCUGAUGCAGACGAUUCAGCUUUGAACAAGAAAGAAAACAAAGGCUGUGAAAGCCCCGAUCCUGACUCCUCUUAUGCACUCACCCCACGCACUGAAGAAAAAUACAAAAAAAUUAAUGAAGAAUUUGAUAAUAUGAUCAAGAGUCAUAAAAUUCCUGCUGUUCCACCUCCCAACUUUGAGAUGCCAGUCUCCAUCCCAGUGUCCAGUCAUAACAGUUUGGUAUACAGCAACCCCGUCAGCUCACUGGGAAACCCCAACCUUUUGCCACUGGCACACCCUUCUCUGCAGAGGAAUAGUAUGUCUCCUGGUGUAACACAUCGACCUCCAAGUGCAGGUAACACAGGUGGUCUGAUGGGCGGAGACCUCACAUCCGGUGCAGGCACCAGUGCAGGGAAUGGGUAUGGCAAUCCCCGAAACUCACCAGGUCUGCUGGUCUCACCUGGGAACCUGAACAAGAACAUGCAAGCAAAAUCUCCUCCCCCCAUGAAUUUAGGGAUGAAUAACCGUAAACCAGAUCUCCGAGUUCUUAUUCCACCAGGCAGCAAGAAUACGAUGCCAUCAGUGUCUGAGGAUGUCGACCUGCUUUUGAAUCAAAGGAUAAAUAACUCCCAGUCCGCUCAGUCAUUGGCUACCCCAGUGGUUUCCGUAGCAACUCCUACUUUACCAGGACAAGGGAUGGGAGGCUAUCCAUCAGCCAUUUCAACAACAUAUGGUACCGAGUACUCUCUGAGUAGCGCAGACCUGUCAUCUCUGUCUGGGUUUAAUACUGCCAGUGCUCUUCAUCUGGGGUCAGUAACUGGCUGGCAGCAGCAGCAUCUACAUAACAUGCCACCCUCCGCCCUCAGCCAGCUGGGAGCUUGCACUAGCACUCAUUUAUCUCAGAGUUCAAAUCUCUCCCUGCCUUCUACUCAAAGCCUCAACAUCAAGUCAGAACCUGUUUCUCCUCCUAGAGACCGUACCACCACCCCUUCGAGAUACCCACAACACACGCGCCACGAGGCGGGGAGAUCUCCUGUUGACAGCUUGAGCAGCUGUAGCAGUUCGUACGACGGGAGCGACCGAGAGGAUCACCGGAACGAAUUCCACUCCCCCAUUGGACUCACCAGACCUUCGCCGGACGAAAGGGAAAGUCCCUCAGUCAAGCGCAUGCGACUCUCUGAAGGAUGGGCAACAUGAUCAGAUUAUUACUUACUAGAUUUUUUUUUCUUGCAGUGUGUGUGUGUGCUAUACCUUAAUGGGGAAGGGGGGUCGAUAUGCAUUAUAUGUGCUGUGUGUGGAAAAAAAAAAAAGUCAGGUACUCUGUUUUGUAAAAGUACUUUUCAAUUGCCUCAGUGAUACAGUAUAAAAGAUAAACAGAAAUGCUGAGAUAAGCUUAGCACUUGAGUUGUACAACAGAACACUUGUACAAAAUAGAUUUUAAGGCUAACUUCUUUUCACUGUUGUGCUCCUUUGCAAAAUGUAUGUUACAAUAGAUAGUGUCAUGUUGCAGGUUCAACGUUAUUUACAUGUAAAUAGACAAAAGGAAACAUUUGCCAAAAGCGGCAGAUCUUUACUGAAAGAGAGAGCAGCUGUUAUGCAACAUAUAGAAAAAAAAAAAGUGUAUAGAUGUUUUGGACAGACCCGGCAAAGGGUGGCCAGUUGGUAAAACGUUAGGAACACAAUCAGGUCACCUACCAUCCCAAGAAUGCUCACAAACCUACAGGCGUAUCAUUGGCGUAUGGCACUCAUCAAAAA